UAAACGGUGAGCGCGGGCGGUCCUAGAGUAGCUUUGGGGAGGGUCCAACAAGUGAAGACGCGUGCUUGAAUUUGAAUUCAGGCAAGAGAGCUAACAACUUGUUAAGAUAUUAGUCGACUACUACAGCACAGCAGAGUCUGGGAGCAGUAUCGUAACACUGUGUAUCUCAUUUCCUGGCGAAACAGUCUGUGUGUGUGUAUUAGUGUGUUAACUAACAUCGCCGUAACGUUUAAACUGCUGCUCGGUGUUGAAGCUAAAUCGCCGUUCGAGGAGAGAUCACUGCAACUUGCAAUGAAAGCGGGCGUGGUCCACUGCCAUUGUUCAAAAUGCUACUCUGUUCCUGCGCGGAAGCGGGUCCGUAAAAGAACUCCAGCCCUCACCUUGCUCUCUCUACCUGAGGAGGUCCUCCUCUGUGUGCUCCAGUGCCUCUCUGCUGAGGACCUGCUGUCUGUCAGAGCGGUUCACUCCCAGCUGCGGGACAUUGUUGACAACCACUCCAGUGUAUGGGCCAGGGUCAGUUUCAGGGACACAUGGCCAUCUCCAAACACCUUAUGGCUAUUUGAAAGAGCUGCUGAGAAAGGGAAUUUUGAAGCUGCCGUGAAGCUAGGAAUUGCCUAUUUGUACAAUGAAGGACCGUUGCUGAGUGAUGAGGGGCGGGCGGACGUAUGCGGUCGCAAGGCCUCCCACUUCUUCAGCAUGGCGGAGAGCCUGCGUUCUCCCCUCGCUGAUCCCUUCAUCUGGGUGUUCAUCCGUCCACCGUGGUCACCCACCGGCAGCUGCUGCAAGGCUGUGGUGUUCGACCGCCUCAAAGCAGAGUGUGACAACAACGUGCAGAAGAGAGGACCCUUGCUGCACUGUUUGGGCAGAGUUUUGCAGCUUUUUGAAGAGGAUGAAAGACGUUCCGAUGCUAUAUCUAUGCUGGAGCAGUCGUCACAGGCUGGUUGUCUACAGAGCUCCUACCUGUUGUGGGAGCACAAUCGGAAAGCAGCUAUGGCAGAUCCCGGCAGGUACCUCCAGUGUGUCCGAACCCUCAGGGACUAUGCUGGCAAAGGAUGCUGGGAGGCACAGCUCUCCUUGGCCAAAGUGUGCAGCAGUGGGAAUCCGCUGGGUUUGGAGUCAAAAGCCUGUUCUGACUUAGUGGCUCAGCUCUUCAGUUUGUCUAACUCGGCAUCUCGACACUGCACCCAGGGCAUCCUCAGACAGGGCAUCAAGGACACCAUGAGGUACAUCUUGGUGGACUGGCUCGUGGAGGUGACCACUAUGAAAGAUUUCUCCAGCCUGACGCUGCAUGUGACAGUGGGUUGUGUAGACCGCUACCUGGCUCUGCGCUCUGUCCCCAAGGCUCGCCUCCAGCUACUGGGAAUUGCCUGCAUGGUAGUUUGUACACGCUAUAUCAGUAAAGAAAUCUUGACCAUACGUGAAGCUGUCUGGCUCACAGACAACACCUACAAAUAUGAAGACCUGGUUCGAAUGAUGGGAGAGGUUGUCUCUGUGCUGGAGGGCAAGAUCAGGAGCCCCACACUGCUGGACUAUGGGGAGGUGCUGCUGUCUCUGCUCCCUCUGGAGAGACGGACCACUCAUCUAUUCAGCUACAUCUGUGAGCUGUCGCUGCUCUACACCGCUCUCGCCACACCACCACCUGCCAAACUGGCCUGCGCUGCACUACUGCUUACACGAGCACUACAUCACUAUGCUCCCCUCUGGCCCAGCCAGUUAUUCGACUACACAGGUUUCUCCAAGCAAGACCUCGUCUCCCUUGCUGUACUGCUCUACGUCAAGUGUUUCAGUCAAGAUGUUCCCAAAGAUUACAGGCACGUGUCUCUUACUGGCGUUAAGCAACGGUUUGAAGAUGAGGCCUACCAGCACAUCAGCAAAGAAAAGGUUAUGGACUUUAAAGAGCUGUGUCAGAUCUUGGAGAUUCCCGAGGUGGAACCUCAGAUGGAGCCUUCCAGUCCCACUGGUCAACCAGCAGACAUCCAUACCUUCCUCGCAUCUCCAUCCAGCACCAACAAGAGGAGACGCGAUGACGCCAUGCAGGCCCACAGAGUGGGCUUUGUGGCCACGCCCACAGCCGAGCUGUCCAAUCAGGAGGAGACACUCCUGGGCGACAUCCUGGACUGGAGCCUGGACACUUCCUGUUCCGGUUAUGAGGGCGACCAGGAGGAGGAGAGCGAGGGAGAGAAAGAUGCCGAUUCUUCGAUGAUCUCCAUCAAACUGCACUCACUGAUUGAUGAAGACAAAAGGCAAGAGCACUGCCGAGCCCUGUCCAGCGAUGAAGACAGCUUCUGUGAAGCAGAAAGGGAGGUGAGCAAGGACCGCCAACGCCAGGAACCUCUUUCCUUCUCUUCAGGAUACUCCUCCAUCCAGAGCGUUAGUCCCUCAUCCACGUGCUCCUCCUUCCCCCUCAUUCCUUGCACAUUCAAGACCUUUACCACGUCCCUUGGCGCAGCCAAUGCCCAGCCAGGCUUUCGCCUUUUGGUGCCCAUGCAGAGGCCCCGGGGCACCUCCAGCAAACAAGUGAAGAGGAAGAACUCUGCGGCUCAUAGCGGGGGUGAGGUGGAAAGAGAGGAUGAGGAGGGGGAGGGAGAUGAGUAUACUGCCAAUGCAGGCUUUCUGAGCUUAUAGACUGGUUGUUGGACUGGCCUCAGGUUAGUCACAGCCCACCUGCUCAGUUAUUGUCCUCCAGCACUUUGUUCUCGAUGCUGUUCCUCACUCCUGUCAGUCUGCACUGGUCCAACAAUUGCCAAAAGAUCAAGAGACUCUAAGCUUCAGGAGAAGUAAGGGAAAAUAAAUAUGUAUUACCUAGAAACUUGCCUUUCUAUUGCGUUCUAUUUCAGUUACAUGUUUACAGGCAUGGCGCAAUAAAAUACCUCCCAUAAACCGACUCGUAGUCAGCUCUGAAACCACUGGAACAUGACUUGACUUUCCUCAGGACCCUGGUACAGUUUCUGUUGUUUUACAGCCUUCUACAACAAACCUAUCUCAGAUAGUUGUAAAAGAAUUUAAACCUCAUGGACUUGUUUUGGAAGAAAAAAAAAAUCAUUAUGGUCACAUUGUGGAGAAACCUUAAACAUAGCUGUCAUGUUAUUGUGAUUUGUUUUGGUUGUUAUAGUUUCUGAUAUGCACUGUCUGUACAAGAAUCUAUCUUGUAUUUAGUGAAUGUCAUUGAUGGGUGACUACUGUCAUCUAGUUGAUGGAAAUGUCUGCAUCUGAAGCCUAAAAAAAAAUGAUUGUAUGUUCCUCUUGUUCAGUUUUGUCCUUAGUUCUGUGUGUUUGCCAAAGGUACUGUGGUGGUGUCAUUUGUGUUUUCAGGGGCAUCUACGUAAAAAGAAACAGAGCUGUGAAAUUAGUAUUUUAGUAGUCUGCAUCUUCUAGAGUCUUGUACAUAUACACCAGUUGUGCUGUUAAUAUUUUUUUAAAGACCUAUAGCACACUAUUCCCAUAAGGAACAGCAGUUAGAUGUUAACUGUUGACAUCGUGACACUCUGUGUUCAAUAAGGUGUGCUGAUAAUUGAGCUAAACGAGUAUCACCCAGCAGGAUGAGUACUGGUCAAGCCUCAGCUCAUCAUCCAGAUGUUUGGUGCUGCAGUCAUUAACUAUUAAGCUCAAAUGUAACGAGGCACCUAAUGCAACUUCAAACUCUAACAUGCUGAUAAGUUUUUACUUUUUCCUCCCAUCUCAAUUAGGUCUAGCACUUCUUUUUUUUUUUUUAAUCGCAGGAGCGCAAUUCAACAAUUUCCAUGCUUGAACAAUCAAUGCUAAAGUACUUUUUAAAUGGAUUUGCCUUCUUUGAGCAAAAGGGAAGUUCAGACACUAAAGGAAAAUUAUUACUUGAUGGGGUUUUUGAUCGUACUGUAUGUCUCAUUCAGCCCACAGUGUCUAAAUGUUUGUGACUGACUGUAAAUACAUAUUUCUUAAACUGUUACACCAGACUGGUUAUCCCCUGUGUCUUAUAAAUGUACAUAGUACUAUAUGUAUAAAUGGAGAAAGACAAAGAACAUGCCACUACUUGAAAUUGUUUUUGCUUCAUUCCAAAAAGGCAGUUUUCUUCAUGAAACCUGUUCUUCUCCAGUACAGUGUUUUCUUAAUAGACUUGUAAUGUGAAUAUGACAUUUUUGUAUUGAGUUCAAAUAAAACAAGCCAUCAUGCAA